GAGGUGGCACAUAACAUGGAAGAGUCCUAUGGUAUGUUGGGCAGUAUUUUCCGAAACGGCUCUCGACACACUUUCUUCUCGUCUCAGGUGCUACGAUUUGCCGACCUAUACUCAUUCUCCUGUAUCAAUCUGAUAUUCUAUCCAUUGUGCUACAUGUUUCGUGCUCCAUCCAUGCUCAUGCCUCACGAGUCGACAGUCUCACAUGAAGAUUCCCCUCUUGAUAGUUUCUUGGAUUUGGACAGCACACCUUGUGGUUUGACACGUCGCUCGAAACAAGGAGAAGAAUUGAAAUUACCACUGAAUCACACAGCAGCUUUGUCUGCCUUGAGUCAGGCAGAUGGAAUGUGGAAUUCCAUGGAUGCAGGCUCUUCGGACGAGGCCAACGGCAAGACAGACAACGGGGAUACCGAAUAA